AUGGCUUCAAGAAGUCCCACCGAGAGUCAGGCAAGGCCCGAGAUUGGGGACGCCUUGAUCGUGAUACAUGACUUCCAGGCCCGCAGCUCCGAUGAGCUGAGCCUAGCCAAGGGAGACCGAGUCGAGUUGAUCGAGCGGGAUGACGAAUUUGGCGAUGGAUGGUUUCUCGGCCGCCAUCUCGUCAACAACAACACUGGACUCUUCCCCGAAGUGUACACGCGGCCGGCUCCAAACUCCGCAACCACGUUUACGCCCUCAAAGCCGCUCCCUCCCGUUGCGGAGGUAAACCACGAUACUGAUCCCGCCUCGGUCGCCAGUGCCUCCCCGAAUCUAACAAGCGAUCCUUCCGCGUCUCCAUCGGCAAGCAAGGCUGGGGAGAUGCCAGUCUCAUUGCCCCUCAACUCGUCAAAGCUCGACCCAUCGAUGGGUUCCAGUGUCACCAGCCCCAUCACCCCGUCAUCCGACCUAGGGCGGCUCAACAAUCCGAGCCAGGAUAGCCAAGUGCUCAACGAGACUCUCAACGUCAUCAAUGAGCACAUCACCGACUUGAGAUCUCCCUCGAGCAACGGAGCGCUUCGGGCACCAACCGAUUCAGGCAGCGAGUAUAGCGCCCCGCUCGACCAGAGGAUGUCCUACAUUCAAGGUGAGGAGACGGACGAAGAGGAAGACCAAGUUCACACUCGCGCCGAGGUGGAAGCUUGGAAUCCCGAAGACGUUGCCGAGUUCCUGUUCACGGCCGGCGUCGAGAAACAUCAUUGUGAGGUGUUCAGGGAUCAGGAGAUCUCUGGAGAAGUACUUUUGGGCAUGGACCAGAGCUCCUUGUUCAUCAAAGCCUUUGAUCUGGGGUCCGUCGGCAGGCGCCUGAAGACGUGGCACAAAAUCAAGGCACUACAGGACGAGGUCAACAGCCAAGGGAUCUCGACGCGGAAGACAUCCCAAACAUACGACGGCGAAGUGGCUUCUGAUGAUGCCAAGCGGACCAGGAGUCGCAACAACACGCUUACGAGCCCCAUACUGAAUCGGCCAAUGUCGGUGCACACGCGCCGCCUCUCCACGACACAGACGCCAAGACCAUCGCCGGCCGCGCUCCACAGCCCGGUUUCCUCUCAGGCGGCUCGCGACAGCCCGACCCUCGCCGUUCAUACGCGGCGGCCUUCGGCUGCAUCCAUUAGGGAACUGAACCACUCGCGCCGCCAUUCGUCAACCGACUUCCGACUUUCCGGCACCAACCUGGGCACUUUCGUGCCUGCCCUUAACACCAACAGAAGCAGCGCUGACGCCGACGGUACACACAAGAAGCAGCCAUCCUUCGACCGGAACUGGACUCUCGGCAGCGCCUUCUCGCAAUCGUCGCCGCGUCCCCUCUCGUCGGCGGGCCUCAAUGACAUGGUGGGAGGCUCAGAUCCAGACAUGUUGCAGGACUCGGCCGUGGACUUGGACCGCGGAUACUUCUCUGGCACCGAGGUGGAUGGACGGAAACGCAACGUCUUGAGGAAGCGGGACGGAGCGAGCCACUCGAAAAAGUCGAGCUACACGGAGGAACAGAGGGUGCGAAGUGCAACGGCGCUCUCCAAGCAUUCCAGGUUCGGCAGCGUCGACUCGUUCCGAGACGGACCCCCGUCUUCGGCCAUUCAGAAAUACUACGGGGUUCAGGCGACGAGCCAUAGGAGAACCGCGUCGACCAAUACUGCCGAGUCUGGGCGUCCCCUUCCCCCGGCCAAGGACGGGCCGUCGCCGACCGUCACUCAUCUUGAACCUGGGUCAGGCUCGGGCCGAUCGCUCCCAUCUCCGACAGCAGCGAGACAUCCAGGGUUCCAUUCUGACUGGUUCUCGAGUGUCGUCAACAAGCCGCUCGGCAAGGCGCGCCCGGGAAAACGCGCCAUCUCGGAUAGGCUGGUCGGCAACCGCCAAAAAGAAUCUGAAUUGGCCGACCCGGCGCUGAAAGAGCCGUCUCUGGACUCGCCUGCUCGGACAGGUUCCAGCACUCCAUCCGUCGGUCCGAGUCUCGACUUGGAAUCUCCGAACACAGGCAAGAGCUCGAGCACAGCGGCUACGUCUGCAAGCAAAGCGAACAAGAAGAAGGGCAAGAAGGAAACAAGCGCCUACACUCGCGGACUUCUGAACAUCCCCCCACUGGAAGCCAAAAAAAGCGCCGACUACUACGGUUGGAUGAGCAAGAAGAGCUCGAAUCUGAUGACGACAUGGAAACCACGGCUGUUCGUUCUCAAGGGCCGACGACUAGCGUACUACUACUCAGAGGAUGAUGACCAGGAAAAGGGCCUCAUCGACAUUUCGUUUCAUCGCGUGCUUCCGGCCAGCAACGAGAAGCUGACUGGCCUUCACGCAACGAUAACGGGUGCUGUGGGCGGGCCGAGCAUCCCUAUAGCCAACAUUUCGCAGAGCAGCGGCAAUUCCCCCGGCUUGGACAAGGGCGACGACUCGCCAUUCAUCUUCAAGUUGAUACCCCCGCGCGCCGGGCUUUCGAGAGCCGUCAACUUCACCAAGCCGACGGUGCACUACUUUGCCGUACCGAAUCUGAACCAAGGGCGCUUAUGGAUGGGUGCGCUGAUGAAGGCGACCAUCGACCGGGACGACACGCAGCCUAUCACAAGCACCUACCAACAAAAGACGAUUUCCCUCGCCAAAGCAAAGCAGAUGCGUCAUCGGCCCCCGGCGCUGAUGAACCUCGAGGAGGCCAACGAGGAGGAACACAAAGCCCGGAGUGUCAAGAAGACCAACGGCCUGGGGAUAUUCGGCGAGUCAGACAGCGGCGUCUCGGGCAUGGACAAGCUGGCGGGCGCCAAGCCUGACUCGGCGGCCGACGCUGGGGACAAGGGCAGUGCGCUCCCGCCGCCGAGUGCUUAG